CUUUAUUUCUAAAGCAAGAAACUCAACAAGUGCAAGAUUUCCUCGAAGAUGAAGUUUGUCUUUUUCUUCUUCCUGUUACUAAGUAAGGGUUUGCAGCUUUUUAUAAAUCAGUAUUUGUUUUUACAGUGAAUAGGAAGCUUUUCUUAUUGUUGUUUUCCUCCAGGUUUCUCCCACUCAGAGGGGAAGCAGCAGCAGACGGAGAGGUUUCAGCACAUCUUCCUGAGGUUCUCCUUUCCUCCGUUUUACAACAGCUACACCAAAUACUGCUGUAAGCUGUAUCCCGGAGGAUGCUACAGGCUGCUCGACAGUGCAGGCUACACCUGUGAUUCCCUGAGAGGAAGAGUUGGACAAACGGAGAUGAAUGCUUUGGUUGAAUUUGAGAUUUCAGAUGUGCAGCUGGGGGAUGCAGGCUUCUACAGAUGCCGUGUGCAAGGAACUCCAGUCUACAGUGACUACUACGUUGAAGUUUUUGAAGUUUCCGGUUACAGUGAGCAGACUCCUCACUUUACCCCGACAACAACCAUCAAAGCCCCCAACAGCUCCACGGAUCUCCCAGACUCCACAGGACCUGUUCUGGCUCAGGACCGCAGCGACAGCAGCAGAGCUUCCAGGGGGUUAAGUCUGCCGCUCAUUGCAGUUGUGUCCAUCACAGUGAUGGUUUUAGUCACUGCAGUGAUCGGUGCUGUUUACUGCAGAGUCAAGGCAAGGAGUAAACAGUCUGACAUGUGCAAGGAAACGCGGUGUGAGUCACUGAAACAAGAUGCCUCGGAAGAAAAUGGCAUAGUCUACACAACAGUGGACUUCACAGUGCAGCGGAAACCGGAGGAGGUUUAUGCAAACCUGCAGGUGCACAGAACACAAGCAGGUGGUCCUGGAGCAGAGCAUGAUGGGACGGUGGAGUACUCUGUUUUGGCAAUCUAGCUUGAAAUUUAAGUCCAACUCUGAUCAUCUUUUGAUCUAUUUUAAGCAUUCCCAGUAAUCUUUUAAUUAUACUAAUGCAGUUUUUAG